AUGGUUUCUCACGACAGCACCAGCGAUAUUCAGGUGGACGUACUCGUCAUUGGUGCCGGUCCUACUGGGUUAGGUGCUGCGAAGCGUCUUGAUCAAUUUCCCCACGUCUCUUGGCUCCUCGUCGACUGUGCCUCCCAAGUCGGUGGUCUCGCUUCUACCGACGUCACGCCCGAAGGCUUCCUUUUUGACGUUGGCGGUCAUGUGAUUUUCUCACACUACAAGUAUUUCGACGACUGCCUGAAUGAGGCUCUUCCCAAAACGUCAGAUUGGCACACCCACCAAAGAGUCUCCUAUGUUUGGAGCAUGGGACUGUGGGUCCCAUAUCCCUACCAGAACAACAUUUGCCUUCUCCCUACGGAGGAAAAACUGAAGUGUCUCGAAGGCUUGAUCGACGCAAGUCUCACGCAUUACCCUACAAAGCCAAAGACAUUCGACGAAUGGAUUGUUCGAAGCAUGGGAACCGGGAUUGCGGACGUCUUUAUGCGUCCAUACAACUUCAAGGUCUGGGCUAUUCCUACGACGAAGAUGCAGUGCUCUUGGCUUGGCGAGCGGGUUGCGGCGCCCAACUUAAAGCAGGUCGUCAAGAACGUUGUCUUGAACCAAGUUAGCGAGUCUUGGGGUCCUAAUGCUACGUUUCGUUUCCCUGACCAAGGUGGAACUGGUGGGAUCUGGAAGGCUGUCGGUAGGACCUUGCCUGCUGAACACAUCCAGUUGCAACAGACGGUUGUGCGCGUAGACACCGACAGCAAAACGAUUACUUUCGCCGGCGGUCGAGUUGUUGGCUGGAACCGCAGCCUUAUCUCUACGAUGCCGGUCGACCAACUUGUUUCAAUUCUUCAUCCGCCACGUCCGGACAUGAAGAAGGCAUGUGAAGCUUUGUUCUUCAGCUCAACGCACAUCAUUGGAAUCGGCGUGCGAGGCGAGCGGCCUGAGAGGAUCGGCAACAAAUGCUGGUUGUACUUCCCCGAGGAUAAUUGUGACUUUUACCGUGCGACGGUAUUCUCGAAUUACUCUCCCAACAACGUUCCGUCCGGUGAAAGCAAGCUGCCCACCAUCGCCAAGGCAGCGAACUGGACGGCGUCCACCAACGUGUGUGGGGAAGGCGCGAAAGUUGAGCAUGGACCUUACUGGUCACUUAUGUUCGAAGUAAGCGCGUCAAAGUUCAAGUCGGUAGACGGGCGUACGAUCAUCUACGACACAAUCAAAGGAGCCAUAGCAACGACGCUUCUGAGUCCCGAGGACGAGAUCGUGUCCACUUACCACCGGCGAUUCGACCAUGGAUACCCAACUCCUUCAUUGGAGAGGGACGACGCUUUGAAAGUCGUGUUGCCGGAGCUUCGAAAGAUGGAUAUCUUGUCCAGGGGCAGGUUUGGCAGCUGGAAAUAUGAAGUUGGUAACCAGGACCACUCUUUCAUGCUGGGUGUCGAGGCUGUCGAUGCAAGUCUUUUCGGACAGGUUGAAUUGACCUUGAACUACCCCGACAUGGUUAAUACACGCAUCAAUGACGAGAGACGUCUCGAACCCAACGGAACGAAGAGGACGGAAGUAAAUGGUUUGCACAGCGGUGAUGUCGAUGAUGCCAAAGUGGCAGAAAUCAAGAAGAACUUGGAGAAUACAAGGGUGUAG